GAAACGAAAAAUGUGAUGAUUCUUUGUGCUUACUGAGGUCUAAUGAUGCAGAAUUUUAAUUCUUUAUUCAAAAGAGUAGGCUCAGUUUAGCAGUGGUGUCAAAAAUAGGGUCAGAGAGUGCUAAAAAUAAGAAUCCCUUUCCCAUUUUCAAAAUUGUUCAUCCCAUUCCCAGUGGUUGAAUCCCAGUCCCAGUGCAGUAAAUCCCAUUUUCCCAGCCCAGAAAAGGGCAAAUCCCAGUUCCCAUUUUACCCCUUCACGCCCGUCAUAAAACUACCAGAAAAUCUUCAAGAAUGAUUGUGCAGGAUCAUUCAGAGUAAUCCAAUUGGUUGCUUUUAUUUAUUGAUACUCUGAAGUAACUAGUUUUGUAAUAAUCUCAUUAUUGUAGAGCACAAAGUUCCAGUGACAGCAUGUGAUUAAAAAUAGGAUGUUAUAUAUAGUGACAGUGUGGUGGUUUAAUGGAGAAACUGGAUUCUGAAUUAUUGAAAAGCCCUUGUUGGUCAAAAAAAUCUGCCAAAACUGUAUUAUACAGUGUUGCAUAAUUAUAGAGUUUUCACUUGGUUUCUGCAUCAAACAGAGACUUUCUUUUUGCUUAAGUGGAAUGCAUUUUACAGAUCUGUAUUACUUUUUAUCUUCUUGUUUAGGAAAUGUUUCUAAACGAAGUGGUGUUGAUACAGGGUCUCUUUAUGGUGGAGUAUUUGCUGGAAUAAUUAUCUUGGCUUUUGCAAUUAUUAUUGUUGCUCUAGUGAUAAGGAAACAUAGAAAACGAAGGGAAUCAACAGAACUUAAGAGUAAUCGUUAUGCUGUUGCCAACUCCAAUGACAGUGGGAUAGGAGACAAGGAAUCAUUGGACAGAGUACCUGGAGUCAAAUAUAUGCAAGGGCGGCGUGGAUCAGAAGACCUGAAUUUUCAACAAGUGCGAUGUGUACUGGAUGAUAAAGCAUCAAGAAAUUCUGAGGCGUGGAAACGGUGUACAUUAAGUUCAGAUGUUGUUGGUCCAGGCAAGUUUGUAACCAUCAAACCUAUUCCAGUAGAGAAGCUACGGGAAUACUGUGAAAUCAAUCAUGCAGAUGCCAACAAGUCAUUUAGGGACGAGUUUGUGUCAAUCAGAGUUCCUGGAAAUUUCACUUGGGAUAGUAGUCAAAAGCCAGAAAACAAAGCCAAGAACAGAUUUAAGAAUAUCAUUCCAUAUGAUCACACUCGAGUUACAUUAGCUGAAGUGGAUGGCUGUCCAGGGAGUGAUUACAUCAAUGCCAACUUUAUUGAUGGCUAUAACCACCACUGCAAGUUUAUUGCUACUCAAGGUCCUGUGGCUAACUCGUUUGGAGAGUUUUGGCGGACGGUCUGGGACCAAGGCGUUUGUGUCAUUGUCAUGGUGACAAACAUGGUUGAGGGAGGACGGAUCAAAUGCUUGAAGUACUGGCCGAGCGCUAGUCUAGAAAUGUAUGGCCCUGUGUUGGUUUCACCUGGUGACGAAGAGGAACUAGCUGACUAUGUUGUCAGAAAGUUUACUAUUCAAAUGACGUCUGAUACAGCAGAGUAUCGUGCUCGUGAGGUAACACAGUACCAUUUCACAGCAUGGCCUGAUCAUGGGGUCCCCACUCACGCCACCUCACUGCUUGCUUUCUUGAACAAGGUCCGUGCGUCUGUGCCAGAGGAUUCUGGGCCCAUUUUGAUCCACUGCAGUGCUGGCGUAGGACGAACCGGAACAUACAUUGUGCUGGACGCCAUGUUGGAUCAAAUAACUGCUGAGGGGGUGGUAGACAUCUACGGUUUUGUCUGCCACAUCCGUCAACAGAGAAUCUCAAUGGUGCAAACAGAGGCACAGUAUAUAUUUAUCCAUGAUGCUCUGAUGGAGUAUGUCACUUGUGGCGAUACAGAAUUCGUUGUGCGUGAAUUGCCAGAGAAGCUACGCAUUUUGAACACCAUAGAUCCAGACAGUGGAGAUUCACUUCUGGUAGCACAAUUCAAGAACCUUGCUCUCGGUGACUGCGAUAGCGACUCGUUUAUCGUUGCUUCUCAGCCAGAAAACAAAGCCAAGAACAGAUUUGCCAUACUUCCAUUUGAUCGAUCAAGAGUGAAAUUGUGGCCUUAUACUGGACUAGUGGGCUCUGAUUACAUCAAUGCGAGUUUUGUUGAUAGUUUUCAACAACGUGAAGCAUUCAUUGCCACUCAGGCCCCGUUGGACAAUACUGUGGUAGAUUUUUGGCGUAUGGUCUGGGAAUACGAAGCCUUCUCUAUUGUGAUGCUGUCCACAGUUAGCGAAAAGGAAGAGGGACAAUGCGCUAAUUAUUUGCCUCACAAAGAAGAGUUCAUAGUAUAUGGCUUGUUGAUGAUUGAAGUCGAGACAGAGGAUUUGAGAAACGGCUUCUGCAGGAGACACCUGAAAAUAACUAACACAAAGAGUGGUGAAAUUCGCAAUCUUUUCCAUUUCCAUUUCACGGAGUGGGCAGAGCGUUCAAUUCCUUUGAAUGGAGUGGGGCUUUUUGAUAUGAUGAAGUGUAUUACCAGGGUACAACAACAGACAGGCAACGGGCCAAUAGUCGUACACUGCAGCGAUGGUAGCGGUCGUACCGGAACGUUUUGUGCCAUUAAUAUAGCCCUUGAGCGAGUCAAGUUGGACGGGACAAUCGACAUGUUUCAGACCGUACGGCGCCUGCGUACUCAGAGACCUCUUAUGGUGCAGACGGCGGAGCAAUACAAGUUCUGUUACGAGAUGGUGCGAUUGUUUGUGGAUGCUUUCAGCGAUUACGCAAACUUCAAGUGACUUGAAAAGCUGUGUUAGGUGGCUGAAAUGUUUCUCGUCUAGCAGCACGUUGUGGCUGCUACCGGUUAAAUCAAGUGCCUGUUGAUUGAGCCCACGCUGUCGUGGAAGUUGUUGCUAGGUAGUCUGGCGUCGGAUAUGACGUCACACCAGACCUUUUACUAGAAUUUUCUAACGUAUUCAUAGAGUUGUGAACUGAAAAGGUUCAUUUGCCAUAUCAUAGUACACGAAAAGUUCCAAAAAGGUGAAAAUAAACUCAUUAUCUAAUGUCAGUACUAUUCCUACUGUCAAUACUAAUUAGAGGUACCUCUGAUUUGAUAACAAGAGUACUGUAAAACCUUUUCAGUGGCAAAUUGCAUGCAUUGAUUAUUUGAGACCCGGUAACACGGGACAGACAACACUGGAGGGAAAGGCCUGGGGCGACGAGGUCCUGGCACCACUAUGCUAAAGAUGGACUGAGAUCAACUGAUUUUGAAUGUUUAGAAGUGAACAUUUCAUUAUGAAGAUGUUUGUUGCGUAGUUGAUGUAAACGUAGGUGAAUAUUUCACGUGAAGGUGGAUUUUUUUUUUAACAAUACUGCAUAUGCAGACGCGAGUUGCUUGGAAAUGGUAUAACCUAUUGUUCACAGCAACUCGCUUCUUUAGUAUUUAACUUUAUUUCUAUUGGGAUACAGGUUGUUCCGGUAGCAGGAGGUAAAUGCUGUUUUUGAAUGAAGAAUUUUAACUCUUCCGCGUUUUUAGCAAUUGUUCACUUGCAUUGAUCAAGUGGUUGUAGAUAGAAAAAUAUGCCAAACAGUCUAUUUUUAUAUUGCAGUUUUUAAAAAGAUGCAAGCAGCGUACGGACUUGUAAAUUAUCGUAGUGUACUGAAACUACGACUUGUUGAGGGUGUGAAUGGGUAUGAGAAAAUGAGUUGUUUAAAAAUUGGGCCGUUAAUCAGGUUUGUUUUAUGUCCAAAAUGCUGCUUCGUACUUUGAGCCAUCUUAAUUGAUUAAAAGACGAGGUGAACAUGCUUUGUCUCAUUAGAUUUGUGCCGUUCGAAUUAUCGAAUUUCUUUUCAUAAUGUGCAUACAUAAUUAGAAUUGUAGUCAUGGGAAUAUGGCAAUUGAUCACCAAGCAGAAAUUGCUUUGAUAUCUCGUUAGUGAAUUCUGUUAACUAUAAUGCAUGUAUUAAGAGUUUUAGAUCUUGACAUAGCUCGUCCACACCUUCGCAGUCAUGGUCUGGUGUCCUUUCUUGAAGCCAUGACUUAAAGACGAAUACACUCGAACCUCCUCGUAAGCAGGUACCCUUGACAGUAGAAGUAGUGUCCGCCUACGGAAAGAGGCCACUGCAGAAAGCUAACAAUAUAGGGCAACGUCAGGUACAGGUGCCCGUCAUUUAGUGCCUGUGUGUCGGUGGAGGUUCCACUGUAUUAUAUACUUCUGUAUUUAGACCAGUUUGGUUCUCGUUUGGUAAGAGGAUCACAUUGUCAAUCAUGAAAUCUCUCAGAUAGUCACCUAAGUUUUACGACUGUUUUGUUGCAAGGGUAGCUCUAGAUUUUCUAGGAGAGAGGAAGCAAAUAAAAUAUGCUUACAACAA